CCGCUGCUGCUGCGUUGUAUGUUGUUGCUUUUUGUCUGCCUCCUCUUUGGUCUUGUUGCUUUUGUCUGUUUUGCUUUUUCGCCCUGCCAUCUUACACACUUACUCACUCACUCAUAUAUACACCUACACGCGGAGACUUUUGUAUGUAAAACUGACGUCGUCGCUGUUGCCUCUUCUUUCUUUUUUCUGUCUUUUUACUUUUUUAUUUUUUUGCACAUUCUCCCAGUUCUCUCUUCUCGCCUGCAUUUUGUGUAUCUCAUCUCGUGUACGCUUUCGCUGCCUUUCCAAUCUCUUCGGCAUCGGGGCAACAACAACGAAAAGCUGGCGUCGCCGUCGCCGUCAUCGUUUUCUCUAUUUUCCUCAAUCGCUGUGCCUUUUCAUUUUCAAUUCGCAUAUUUUUGCAAACUCUACUUUCAGUUAUUCGCCGAUAAUUGAUGUCAAAGGACGCAGUUGUGCUCCGCCGGCGUUGUUUCACGUUGCCUUUGGAAUAGUCGCAACGGUAUCAUUUAGUGCCAGUGUGACCAAUUUCAGUGUGACCAUGCCCAAGGAGGAUCCGUUCGUGAAUCGCGCCCAGCUUUUAAAGGCGAUCAAGAAAUAUCCAGAGAUCUGGGACUCUAACAACAAAUUGCAUAUGUGUCGUAGCGUCACAUCGCCAAUGUGGACAGAGAUCGCUGAGCAGUUUGGCGGUCAUGUUCCGACAGUUAAACUGCAAUCGAUCUGGAGCCAGAUGAAGUACCACUAUCACAAUUUGGUCCACCGACAGAUCCUGCACAAGGAUCGCUUUAACACCAAGUGGGAGCACUUCGAACCCAUGUCCUUUAUGUAUAACAUUACGGUGGCCAAGAUCGUUGGAGCCCAGUCGAGCGGUGGUAAUGGGUCCUCCUCCGAUGUUCCAGACACUGGCUCUGAUCCACCGCCCAUUGGGAAUGAACCAACUACCGCAGUACCGCCACCACCACUACCCACCGCCUCCCAUGGACGCGGACGUCCGAGCGGCAGUUUCAGCUGGCUGCAGACCGCUACCAAUCCCACCGCCCCCCAACUGCCACAUCUCAUUGCUCAGCCGACCCUUGGUCAAGGUCAUGGAAUGACCUAUACGGCUUUCACUGGGUUGGUACCUCCACCAGCUGUCGUGGUCUCGGAGGCGGUGGCCACACCUCCGCGAAAACUGGGACGUCCCAGUUCGUUACAUAAUAGUAUGCGCGGACGUAUCAUCGAUGCCAUCAAGGCCCGUCCCUCACUCUGGGCGGGUCGCCAAAGGAGUGAGAAGGGACAGGGUCAGAGUAGAACCUCAGCAGUUUGGAAGGAGGCGGCCAUCGAGAUGGGACUCACUCCUACUCUUAUGCAGACUCGCUGGUCGAUCAUCAAGCAGAGGUAUGUGGAUGAGUUGCAAAAAGAACGCCAUGCCCAAUACUCCCAUCAAGGCUUUCGCUCUACGUGGGAGCAUUUUGAUCGAAUGACUUUUAUGCGUGAUAUCCUCCUGAAGAAGGUAGACGAACGGGAGCAGACCCGUGAACAGAUCCAGGAGAUCGUUAGUGAGCAGCAGCACCACCAACAACCGCAGCAUCAUCCGUCGCAACACUUGCACCACUACCGUCCACCACCGCCCACAGCAGGAAUGGUAGAACAUGCUCAGGACAUGCCCAUCGGUUUGGUACAGCAUCAUCAUCAGGAAGGACACCAUCCACCACUGGCCAUGCAACAUGCACACCAUCCACAAGCCAUACGCCGGCGGGUCAAGCACGAGUCAGAUCUCGAAUGGGAUCCAUUCGAGAUGAUCCUCCAUGUCCAUGGCGCAGGCGAGCCAGCUGCCAACUGAAGACUGAGAAAAUAGGGAUAGAAAAGCCCUAAACACACCUGAGAAAAGCCCUGCACAGACUAUUUUCUUGGCAGCACCUCCGAUACGGAUUACAUUUUUAGAUCAAAAGAUUCAAUGAAAUUGAACAAAUUAUAAAUUUUGAAAAAUAUUAUAAUUUUUAUUUUAUAGAAUAACUUUUUCUUGUUAAGAAUCGAUUUCUUUCUUUUUGGUUUCUUCUCAGGUGCAAUUCAUCUUUUUAGAUUUCCCUAAAAUAAUCGUCAGAUGUAAAACCAUUAGCUAUACCGCAUGCCCACAUCUAUUAUAUAACCUUUUUGUAAUUCCAUUUUCUACUCUACUGCAAUUGAAUAAAACAUAUAUAAACUUAUAA